AUAUGUAUUCGCUAACGUUUUUAUUUAUGUUGCUUGAGGAAGAACGUGAGAGAAGUCGGCGUGAUCUAAAAAUUCAACGAAAAUCACUGAGGGACAAGAGCAACCCUUUCGAUGUGGACGAAACAAUGUUUAUUAAAAACUAUCGCUUAAAUAAGGCGGCCUUUACAUAUGUCCUCGAUGUUCUAGAGAGGAAUGCAAGUUCUUCAAGAUCGUCAUCUAUUUCUUUACUUCAUCGAUUGUCUUCGGUUUUACGGUUUUUAGCUGAAGGAGGCUAUCAGCAUGGAGUGGGUAAAGACUUCGAUAUUCCAAUGGCUCAGUCAACAUUUUGUUGCAUCUUAAAAGAAGUAUUGGGAUUGCUUCAGUCCCAUUUGUGCCCUCAGUGGAUAAACCUCGAGUUAAGUAACGUUGAAAAAAGGGAAGCGAAAAAGGAUUUUUUUCAGAAAUACGGAUUUCCAAGCGCGAUUUUGUGUGUAGACGGGACACAUAUUAAAAUCGUUGCUCCAACUAGAGAUAAGUUUCUCUAUUAUAACCGCAAAGGAUACUUUAGUAUCAAUGCCAUGAUUAUAUGUGACAAUAAAAUGAAAAUACGUUAUGUGAACGCUCAGUUUCCUGGCAGCAAUCACGACUCGCACAUAUGGAAUGUCAGCAAUGCUCGUUAUUUUCUUGAGAAAAAGUACCUCGAUGGUGAACGAAACACUUGGCUUUUGGGAGAUGCUGGAUAUGCCUUAGAACCAUGGUUAAUGACACCAUUCCGUACCCCUCCCUCAGGAAGCCCAGAAGAGAAAUAUAAUAAAAUACAUGCAAAAGCGAGAAAUAUCGUUGAAAGAACAAUAGGAGUUUUUAAAAAUCGAUUUAGAUGUCUUCUGGGUGCUCGUGAACUUCACUACGAGCCAUGGAAGGCAUCUCAAAUCGUUAAUGUUGCGGCAGCGUUACACAACGUUUGCAUUCACUUUCGCGUGAAUGAUGAAAGUUUAGAAAAUAAUUCGGAACCAAAUAUUUUGACAGAAAGUAAUGAAAUUCUUUCAUCAACUUAUAGUGAAGCAGCUUCACAAAUCAGAGAAGCUAUAUGUGCAACACUUACCAGAGUAUAAUAUCCUAAAUAAAUAUUAACACAAAAUGGUUAUAGUUUUAAAUAAGUAUUUAUUUAAUUAA